AUGUACUCCCAGCCACUAGCGGUCCGUGCCGCGACUCACGACUUGAUUCAGCUUUCAAUCAUUGACAAUGCGGGCCAAUAUGCAGCUCAGCGGAGGCGUGCUAGUGAGAGGCGUCCACGCCGGCCCAAUCGCUACGACGUCGUUUAUAGGCGGCCCUAUGAUCAAGGCGUCACGCUUAUUGACGACGAUGCCGAGAGCUGCUGGGAGUACAGGCCGCCGCGCCGCGCGAUCGCUCGGUUGCGCACCACCAACAGGAGCACCGACGGUACCACUCCAGCUCAGGCAUAUGCCGCCAAUUACCGCCAACGAAGCGACAGGAGAGACGCGUAUUCGUCGGACGUAAGCGCUAUGGCUCGCCCUAGUACUUCAUCCAACGAUGCCCCCUCGACGAGCAUGGCCGCCGAUGUCAGAGAAGCCAGACCGCGACAUAGACAAUCUCGUGCAGAGGCUCAUGGCUACUAUCUUGGCGAAGCAUAUCGCAUGUAUCGGGUUGGCUGCAACGCAAUCCUGCCGAGCAUAAUUGACUUGGCGCGUCAUUUGUACAUGCAUGACAUAUCGGUUGCAGAGUGGCCUACUUACAGCAACGAUGCUAGGCGGCGUACGCGAUGGGGGUUACGGUUACGAACUGGCGACAGAGAUCGCUCCAAGUUGAGGGCGUCAAGAGCGCGCAAAGGCAAGCCCACCAUAUCCAAAUUCGCCACCAGGAGGUUGACUCCCUCUUCUUACCGCAGUGAGAUUGUGUCGCUUCCUUUCCAGCUUGAGCUGCAUAAGCUGCUGUUGUGA